CUCUCGAGCGUCGACGUUGCUGUUCCCCAGUGCCGGUGCGCAGUCGGUGGUCGCGGUCGGUGUCAGAUGGUUAAAAGGAAACGGAUUCGAGAGCGGAGCGACACCCAUAAAGGAUAAACACGUUGUUAGUUGAUCCACGUGCUCCGGCCUCGCAGCCGGCAGCCGGUUUCCAAAUCUCCUCGAUUCGAUCCUGUGAUAUAAUAAUGGUGUGAUACAAAACGGGAAGGAACGUCGAAGAAAUCGAACGAGGAUAUAUUCGUAUGCAAUUCCUCCACGCGUGUGUAAACAUCGACGUGUGUAACCAUUUAUAUAUCGUGGAAAAGAAAAGGAGGAAAAAGGUCAAGAAGAAGAAAAAAGAUCGAAUUCGAGUUAAUUGUGUUUCGUAAAAAGGUGAUUUUUAUCCGAAAUCGAGAGAAAGUUGUUCGUUCCUUUGAUUAAAAAUCGGAAUUGGAAACGCGCUCCUACUAUUUACGUAGUAUUGUAUACGUAGAGUUUGAUCGAUCGAUCGAUAUUAUCGAUUCGAUUUACGAUCGUAACGACCGGGUACAAAAUAUCCGGGUAUAAAGUCUCGUGGACGAGAAGGAAGAGAAAGAUCGAUAUAGAAAAGAAAGGAGGAGAGGCGUAACGAGAAAGAAGAAGGAGAAGAAGAAGAAGAAGAAGAAAGGAGAAGAAGCGCAAGGUGGCUGGGGGCGAGGAGGUGACCACCACGGCAGAAGCCGCGGGACGAUGAGCGACGGCAUAGUCGGUGCAAUUGCGAUCAGUUUGUUUGGCAGCGAGAAGAAACGUCGAGACAGCAUGGAUGCUGGUUACACGAUACUCGGCAACGAUAUCGAUGUUUGCAGAAUGUUCGACCAAUUUUCUUACAAGAGAAACGAGAGUUUGGAUUUUUCGUUGAACGUUCCGCAACAUCAUCAUCAUUCGACGCAGUAUCAUCAGAGUAGCUACGCCAUGGCCGAUCAAACGUUUCACACCCCUAGCUUCGGCGACGAGGAUUUCGAUAUACCGGCUAUCCAUUCCCAUUCUCACCAGCAACAUCAGCAACAGCAACAGCAGCCUCAACAGCAGCAGCAGCAUCAAACGCAACAAACUCAGCCUCAACAUGAUCCGAUGCACGGCUACCAAACGCAGAUGAUGCAAACCGGCAACGUUCAACAAUCUUCGGACGGAUUGAAUUUGGAUCCUGGUGGAUAUCAACAAUCCCUUUACCUGCAACAGGAUCACUCGAUGCAACAACCGAUCAGCGUAAGCUCGACGUAUAGCACGUCGCAGGGUUCGUACGUGAGUAUGAGCUCACCGCGACAACAACAUGGAAACCAGCAAAUAAUGUUGCUGCAACAACAGCAGCAACAGCAACAGCAACACCAGCAGCAACAAGUUCAGUUGCAACAGCAUAUACAGUACAUGCACACUCAGCAGCAGCAGCAGCAACAGCAACAACAAUUGCAGCAACAAAUGCAGUAUAGAAGUCCGACGGGUGGUAGUCCAUCCGCGAUACAAUCGAAUACCGUGCCCGAGCCGAAUAACAAUACCACUACUAGUGAAGAUAGCGAUGAUAGUACGCCUCAUUCCGGAAUGAUUACCGGGAUUAAGCGACCCUCGCCGGAACCGACUGACGUUGGAGCGAAAAAUCAAAGAAAACCGAAAUCGCAGAAAAAGAAGAAAAAGAGGGAUCCCAACGAACCGCAAAAGCCUGUUUCGGCGUACGCCCUAUUUUUUAGAGAUACCCAAGCCGCGAUAAAAGGGCAGAAUCCGAACGCGAGCUUUGGCGAAGUUUCGAAGAUCGUAGCUUCGAUGUGGGAUGCGUUGGAUACGGAGCACAAGAACGUGUACAAAAAGAAAACGGAGGCGGCCAAAAAGGAAUAUCUGCAGGCUCUCGCGGCAUAUAGGGCGUCCCUGGUUAGCAAGGGGGCAGCUGAGAAUGACAAUCAACAACAUCAGCAACAACCGCAACAACAGCCAACGCCGCAGCAACAAGUUCAGUACGCAGCAUACGGUAAUUAUACCGGGAAUGGAACACCCGGAAGUGUCUCGUAUCAAGUUUACAGCCCGCAACCACAACCUUCCUCGCCUCAACAACAACAUCCGCAUUCUCACCCACAUCAACAACUUCAACAUCAUCAACAAUCGACGCAACAAAUGCAAAUAAAGAAAUCCCCUCAUCAUUUAACGAUGCCGGGAAAUCCACAGCAACAACAAACGCAACAAACUUUGAUGGCAACGUCGAUGGCACCAACGCAUAUGUCGCAACAGCAACAACAACAGCACAUGCAGCAACAAUACAUGCAGAUACCACAACAACAAGUGCAACAAGUACAACAGUCGCAACAGGUACAGCACCAUCAACAACAACAACAGCAGCAACAAUCGCAACAACAAUUGAUGCACACGAAUCCGGCAAAGAGUGACGCGUUAUCGAGUUCUCCACCAGCAGUGAAUUCUGUGACUCAGGCUGCGAGCAUGGUUGGCCAAAGGCCAACGUCGAACGCUUGUAUACGCCAUGGAUGCCCGAACACGGCCGUUGCGAAUAGCGAAUGGGAAGACGAGUAUUGCAGCAACGAGUGCGUGGUUAGUCAUUGCAGGGAUGUCUUUACCACGUGGGUAUCUUCGAAUCAAAAUCCGCAGCAAAACUUUUCCACCGUUAAAUAAGGAUAGGUCGUGCUAGUUUGAAAAAUAGCAAUUCUGUUUGAAAUCUGUUUCCUACCGUUUCUUACAAUCGUGGAAAUACGAGUAUACAUUUACCUUAUAUAUUUGAAACGUGAUCUGAUUCGCUAUCUUUUGUACAUACGUCGACCACGCACGAAGGUUUUUUCGCUUUAAAUCAAAAAAAAAAAAAAGAAAAGAAAAAAAAAAAUGAACGACUGAGAGCGCGAGUCGCUACAUACGAUCUAUAGUGAAUAUUCAUUUGAAAGACUGCCUCCACGCGGCAUGCGAUGCUCGUCGACUCGGAGAUAUAUAUAUAUAUAUACAUAUAUUGCCGUCUCACCGUUUUCACCGAUUAAUUUCCAUAGGACGAGCAACAUAGCUGCGUAAUCGCGAAAGAGUAUUAGAAUCGCCAAAGUAGCCGAUAAAAUCGGGCUGUAGUUUUCGAAGGAAUUCAUUUCGAUGUGUUUGUCGUGCGCGCCCAGAAUGCGUUUCAAUGCGCACACGAAUUGUUCGGGAUAUAUGAUAUAACGCGGACCGAGUUAUGUAUUCCUUCAUUCAAUUCUAGUUAGGAAUCGUUUAACGAUAGAUAACAGUAAAUUCGUAGAAAUAUAUUCAAAAAAAAACUUUAGAAUACGUCUAUAUAAAAUUUAUGGAUACCCCGUUGUAUCGAGAGAGAAAGAUCAAGAGUUAAAUAAUAACGAAUUUGGAAACAAGUUUCCUCGAUUAGUAAAAAGAAAUAAAAAAAAAGAAAAAAAAAAUAUCAAUUGCCAAUUAUAAACGUAUAUAUAGUAACUUGUCUAUAAUAUCGAUGGGAAUUAAUGAUAAACGAAUCGAAAAUUCCGUCGACUCCUGUAAGAAAGAAAGAUUGCUGAUGGCGUUAUAAAGAUAAUGGUGGAGGA